UGGGUGCUCAUUUGCCGAACCACUUAUAGUUCGAGCACUACACUUGAUUAUUGUUAGCCGAGAUGCUCAUACCCCAGCAAAUAAAUAACGUGUGCAAAAAGAUAGAAUUUGAUCUAUUAUGGAAAGUUAUGUAUUAAGAUAUCGACUUUGGUACCUAAUCGAUUAUUGUUAUUAAUUUGUGAAAGGAGCCUUGAUGAGAUUUAUCUUUAACCAUUAAUUGCAUACAAUGACCACUAAUUCAAAUCUAUUCCGCAAUUGGGUCCUUGUCUUUAUAAAGAAUGCCAAAAUGUUGUACUGGUUUCAAAAGUAAGUAGGCAUAGUUUCAAGUGUAAUAAAGUUUUUACAUAAUCUAUAUAUUUGUCUUGAUGGAAAUAUUUAAGUAUCCGAUAUAAAACUAAUUACACUAGUCUCAGAAGAUCUUUUUUUUAAUAACACAAUCUUUACUAGAAAUGAAUUUCAAAAAAAUAGGACUAAAUUGUACUUUCCAUUCCUCUUCACUCUACUCAUCCUCACAUCUCCGAGAUUUGUCACAAAAGAGAUGAAAUUGUAUACUGAGCUUACAAGAGUGCGCAGAGAUAUCUAAGCAUACAAAUCUACCGUACCGUCUUCGCUUUCUCCGCGAUUUGUGGGUUGGCGAGCCAGAGGGAGCACAGGUGGGCGUGUUGCAAUCAGCACAAGAGGGUCGGUUGUCAAUUGCACUCGAGUCUCGAGAGCCGAUGUUCAACGUGUCGGCGCUAGCAGCAGCGACGCCUUCUAUCGCUUCGGUUUCAUCCGUUGCAAGCCCAUCGGAGCAACAUGGAUUGUCUACAAGUGUUGGCGUCGGAGUGAAUGAUACCACUUCUCGAACUGGAGAUGGCGGCGCCGCUUCAUCGGCUUCAAGUGCAUCAGCGGCGCCACAACAGCAGUCACAAUCGGCACUUCAUAACAAACUCGAAGCUAAAUGGGACACUCUACUUCCCACCGACACCAAUUUACAAUGUUCCACGUGGCCUGAUAGCAUUCCAUUACUUGCAGGAUAUUCUGCUACUCCCACAUUUUCCUUCGAUCCUUGCACAUACGGCAGCUAUGAUCCAUCUGCAUAUUUUGCUUCAAACGGAAUUGCUGGUUCCAUGUACACUCUACCUGAUCAAUUUCCACGUUCUGAGAAUGAUAUGCUAGAUAACAGCAAUACAUCAAAUGGAAACAAAAGCGAUAAAGAUGGAAUCAAACUUGAAGAUGAAGAUGAAAUUCUGGAAGAUGAAGAGAAUGACGAAGAAGAUGAUGGAACUGGAAAACGGAAAAAGAGAAAGCGUCGCGUUUUGUUCACAAAAGCACAAACUUAUGAACUUGAACGACGAUUCCGCUCGCAAAAAUAUCUGAGCGCGCCUGAACGUGAAGCUCUUGCAAUGCAAAUUCGACUUACUCCGACUCAAGUAAAAAUUUGGUUCCAAAAUCAUCGAUACAAAACAAAAAAAAGUCAUACGGAUAAGCCAAUAAACGCGGCGCUUCUUACCACAAUGCCCAAUGCAUUUUCAAGUCAAUCGACAGCGGCCAGUUUUCCAACAAGAGCAAUGCCGAUACCAAUGCUAGUCCGUGACUCUUCUGCUCGUUCUUCGGACAUUUCCUCAACAUCUCCAUACACGGUAGCAUUUGGAAGUGCCAAUUCAGGAUACCUACCAACACCUUCCGCCUACCUCCCAGCCACUUCCGGGUAUUUUUCAAACGGACCUUCAGCAGCUUCUUCCUACAUGACCAAUACUCAAUGGUGGCCUUCUUGAUUUCUCUAAUACUCUAUACCAUGUCAAUUUUUCCCAGAAUACAUCUCGUUUCUCACUUUUAAUUGCUCAUUUCUCAUUAUUACAUAUUUUCUCCGAAUUGUGAUCUACAAAUUUAUAACAACAAAUCAGUUCGGACUACCGGUUUUUGAAAUAUUUUAUCAGUUAUGCCCAUACACAUGUUUUAUGUAAAUUGUGAUAAUUUUAUUAAAUGACUUAAAAUUUACGUUGAAACCACAUGAAAAAUGUAUGUUU